AUGAGUGACGUUGAAGUUCCUGUGGAUACUACUUCUAAGAGUAAAGGUGCCAAUAUUAGUGGUAGAACCUGGAAGGUUGCCAAACAACCAAUGAGACCUAAAAGUAGAGUAGUUAAGAACAAGAGACUAACUUCUUGGGAAUUGAAGGAACAAAAGAGACUGGAGGACAAACAGUUCAAAGAUAGAGUGAAGGCUUUAAAGGAUGAGAAGGCUGAAGAGAAACAAAAGAGAGUUCAAGCUUUAAAGGAAAGAAGAGAGAAGAAGGAAGAAGAAGAAAGAUAUGAAAAGAUGGCUACUAAGAUGCAUGCAAAGAAGGUUGAAAGAAUGAGAAGAAGAGAGAAAAGAAAUAAGAUGUUAAAAGAACGUUAA